AUGGACAGUGGACAAUUGAGAUACGAGUUCCAUUUAAUUACAGGAAUACGGACCAGUAAAGGCAGUGGGAUGCCAGAUUACUUAUGUUAUCAAUGCUCAGCAUAUUUAAAGAGUUGCAAAAAGUUUCGAGACAGAUGUCAACGGGCCCAUUACGCUUUACAACAAAUACUUAACAUAAACAAAGAGAUAAAGAAAACAAAUCUCAGAGAUUUUAAUCGCUCUUUAUUUGAUAUUAUGCCGUCUUUAUCACUAAUGAACUUGGAGAAAGCUCAUUAUGAACAAACUAAGUUUCAAUGGACACAAUAUAACCGACUGUCUCAUUCUAGUACUUUAAGGGUAAAUGCCAUGCCAAUAUUUCACUGUAGUACGUUGACUUCGGAGGAUACUUUUAAUACAGUGACUAACAUCCCAAUUGAAAUAGAAAUCACAAAUGACAAAAUUAAGAAUGAUAUGGAAGAGGUAGUCCAGUGUGUCGUAAAUUCUAACUUUGAAUCAAGCAAAGAGGAUUACUUAGCCGAAUCAACCUCUAAUGUUGAAUUAGUUGAUGCGUUUAUGGAUAAUGAUGAGACUUUCGCCAGUGACGCUGAACCAGAUUCAUUAGAACUUAACAAUAUUUGUAAGAAUGAAAAAACAGAAGGUGAUGUUGAUGGAUCAAAUUUGGAUGAAGAGUACGCUAUGAUGAUACCUAUAUCGGUGAAAGAAGCCAAAGCUGCAAUAGAAGUGUAUAAAAUGUUUAGUCAUGGGAAGUUUAAUUGUGAAAUAUGUAACAAAGCAUAUUUCAAUGAGAAUAGAUUAAAAGUACACAUGAGGAUGCAUGAUAAGCACAUAAGUGGCACAUUUCACUGUGGACUUUGUAACUAUUACUACAAAACUGAGUAUUUAUUAAAAACACACAUGACAGAAAAACAUAUGUAUAAAUAUGUCUGUAGGAAAUGCCCGGAUGUUAAUUUUGAUAGGACCUCUGCGAAACAGCACUAUAUAUGGUCACAUUUACAAAAAGGAAGUAAGAAAGAUGCAAACUGGUACGAAUCACGACCAUCGUGGCUGAGUACCAAAGGUGGUAAAAGAGUUAAAGGAGUUGUCACUCUAAAGCCUGUCAGGAAGCUGAAGAAAGUGCCUAAAGACUUCUUACUGUACUCACCCAUUCAACACGAAGAACAGUAUGCCUUGGUUCAAGAGAGACAGAAUUCCAGAAACUAUAAAGAAGCGAAAUUUAAGUGUAAUUUGUGCUAUAGAGGCUUUAGAGAAAUGGUGACGUACAGCAAGCAUAUGAAAAAACACAAUCCGGAGCAUGCGGGCCCUCUACAAUGUGAUAUGUGCAAACUCCAUUUCAUGGACCAGCGUAGAAUGUACAAGCACAUGAAUAUCACUCACCUGUUCAAGUACUCCUGUCAGAUGUGCACAUAUGUUUGCUAUAAUAGAGGUCAAGCACAAAUGCAUUAUCGGUGGCAUAAGAACGUCAAAUAUCAAUGUCCUCAUUGUAAAAUGGAAUUCGUGAAAGCCUCAACGCGUCUAACUCACAUUAGAAUAAAGCAUCCGUCUAUGAACCUUUGUAACUUAUGUGGGCACAGCUUCGUCAGUGAAACGGGCCUCUAUUGUCACAAACAAAUCGCACACACUAAAGAGGAGAUAGAGUUGUGCGCAACAUUGAGUGUGAACGAGUCGGACCCGGCGUACUGCGCCGACUGCAACAUGCAGUUCGUGAGCGAAGCCGCAUUCAACACGCACCUCGGGAGCUCCUAUAAACAUGCAUCGACCAACCUCUCGUCCAAGCCGAGCCGGCGGCGCAAGUGCGAGGACAAGCGCAAGUCGCGCGGCCGCCCGCGGCGCGGCGCCUGCUCCGAGAUCGUCAACAACGGCGUCACCACGCCCACCACCUGCGAAGUGUGUAACGUGGUGCUCGCCAACGACGUUCAGGCUCGCAAACACUACGAGUCCGAGCACCCCGACACGGAGUUCCUCAAGCGGUACAUGUGUGACGUGUGCGGACACACCACGAGGCAAUACGCGAACCUGUUAGUCCACAUGCGCACUCACACCGACGAGAAGCCCUACGAGUGUCCGCACUGCGACCGACGGUUCAACAUGCCUAGCAACAGGGACCGCCAUCUCGUUGUGCACACGGGUGAGAAAAGGUACCAGUGUCAACAUUGUAACCGUCGGUUUACACAAAGCAGCGCUUGCAAACUUCACAUACAAACCGUUCAUUUCAAGAUACCUUAUGCGCCUUGGAACAAGAAGAACCGUAAACGGCGCAAGGAGUUGGAGACUGCAAAUUUAGCCGCCACAUCCGUUCUGCCGACACAGCACAAGCUCACGUUCGACACCCAAGGCGAUUAUCUCAACGCUUACAUCACUUAUAAUGACGAAUAA